AUGGGAAUCUUUGGGAAGGUCUUUGGAGGCAUUUGGCUAAAACGAACAAAAAAUCUAUUUUUAUGUGGUGAUUGCGUGAGGAGUACACCUGUAUCUGAGCUUGCUAUCCUUGCAGACCUGCAGCUAAAGCCGUACCGCACCGAGGAGUACGUGCACAAGCUGUACUACGAGACCUCUCGCUUCACGGCCUUCGGCCACCAGUGGGUGGUCAAGGCCUUCGUCAACAAGAACCAGCGCGACCCCACGCAGAGCUCCGAGCGAGAGAUCACUUACCAGAUAAUCCUGAAGAGCAAGCCGAGCAGCCCGCUGCCGCUGCAGUGGCUGUGGCUGCGCGGCCCGUACGGCGAGGCGGCCUGCACGCCGCGCGCGCUGGCGCACGCCUUCAGCGACGACGCGCCCGACGCGCCGCCGCUGCCGCUGCCGCUCGCCGACCCCGCCGACGCCAACCGUCUGCUGCUCAACAAGGCCAUACAGUUCCGCCUCAUAAUGUUCCUGGCGACGAAGUGAGGCGGCCGCGCGCGCCCGUCCCCCGCACUCCCCUCCCCCUCCCUGUCCGCAGGGAACCCCGAAAUCAUGAUUUGAAAUUAGAAUGUAGGUCCUAUUUUAUUUUUAUUUUGACUUGACCAAUGAUUUUCGACAAAAGCAUGCGUAUUUUUUAUUCUAAAACAAUACUUGAGAUGCACGUCUGCGAGUUGAGUUUUCUCUCUUAACACUCCAAAAUUAUUAAUUUUCUCAGUUUACUUAGGUUAUCUACGCAAGUAAAUAGUAAUCAUCAAAUGACAUGAUUUAUAGUGAUUUUCGUAAUGACAAUUGCUGCUAUUUUUACCACAACAGUAGUGGCGUUACGCCUCCACUACUGUCUUCUGACAGUAGUGGAGUGGCCUAGGCUAGGUUUCAUUCAUGUCCAAAUUAUAUUAUUAUUCAAUUCAUACAUGUCCUUUAAUGAAUCCAAAUUAUUUUCAAAAAUAUUACGUGACUUAUUCAUGAUUGAAUCGUAAUCAUCAUUUUACAAAUACACAUUCCUUCACGACUCAAAAUAACUAAGAUUACGAAUAUUCACUAACCGUAUUUAUUUACAAAUAUAGGUUUUUUAAGAUAUUAUAUUUUAAUUGCGAUUAUGUUGUUUAUUUUAAUGUUAUUAUAACAGAAUUAAAUAACGCACUUGAAGAGAUAUUUUUCAUUUUAGCAUAAUUAUUAUAUAGUUUUAAUAUAUUUGUGGAGAUAUAGUCAUUUCCCUAGCAGAUCGGUAGCCACAAUAUAUCUAUGGUCAUAAACACACAUCUUAUUCAAUCAUAGACAAUUAUUAUGAAUGCUGUGGUUAUACAUACAUAAAUACUGAUAUUAUAAACAUUUUUAUUUGUCGUCGAGCUUAUAUUUGUGGGUUACGUGUUAUCAAUAUAUCAUUUUAUUAAUAAAUAAGCGAAUUCCAAAAAUACGUUGGAUUUUAUGAGUACAAAGUAUAAAUCUGAAUUUUUAUCUUAAAUUAGUAUGUAAUUCGGAAGAGGCUGGGCUUAUGUGUAACUAACAAUUCGCUCUCUAGCAAAGGGGAGAGACAA